AUGAACGUUCAAUCCAUUCAUUCCGUGCUAGAGCUCUUCAAGUCAUCCUCUCUGCCACUAUUCAAGGGCGACCCCACCUCGUUCUUGUCUCUGACUGGUCCAAAACCAGCGCUAGCCGAUUGCGUACUUGACGAAAAAUCGGAAUUCUGCAAACCUGGUAACUUGCUGAGCUGUUGUGCAAGACCUUCCAUCCGGUUGGAUCUUAAACUCGGUUCCAUGAUUCACCAUGUGGUAGGCUUCAGUGAUUUCGCGAAAUCGCCUUGUCGUUCGAAUGCUUAUGAGUUUCCAAUAAUUUUCGCAUUCAUCGUGACCGUAGCCUGCUUCGGUAGUGAAGAGUUCCCUUGCGGCAUUGAAACAAAGCGAGUCCAUCUCCAAAAGCUGACGCCGAAUUGGGCAUCGCUUUUAUAUAAUUACAUGGAGAAGGAUGCCAUUGGCCGUACAGGAAAGCAGGUGGAGGACAAGAACUGCUGGUGGAAAGUCGAGGAAGGACUUUGGGGUGCAGUCGCGGAAAGCAGAGACAAACGUGCCGAAAGUGAUGAAGGGCUAUCGCCGACGUUGUUGUGCAGACGCCUGGCAAUCGUUCAACUCGCCAUUGCAUCGGAGGAUACUGUCGAGUUGCUGAUAUGCACCUCGGAAGACUCGGAUAAAUUGCGGAUAGUGUUGGAGAGGCAUUAUCUAGCAUGGAGCAGACGCUCUGCUGACGAUGGUCGAUUUCGAAGUCCACGGACGCGUCACCGGCACCGGACUAACAAGAAGACAGACACAAUAAGCCAGGAGGACGAGCAGGCCGACUUUGUGGUUCGUUACCGUAAUCGAGGUGUGGAAUGA